CAUGUCCGCCGACCCGCCCGGCCUCGUGCUCAACCCGGUGAAGGCGGCCGACCACGCGGAGUACCGCUGCCGGGUCGACUUCCGCUCCUCGCCCACGCAGAACGUCCGGGUGCAGCUCGAGGUCAUAGUGCCCCCGAAGCGCAUCCGAAUCAAGAGCGAGGUGGGCAUGGAGGUGAGCGGCGUCAUCGGCCCGUACCCCGUCGGCGCCUCCGUGGCCCUGGUCUGCGAGGUGGAGAGCGGUCGCCCUCGCCCCAGCGUGUCUUGGUUCCACGAGGAGUCGCUCCUGGAUAACGUCAGCGAGGUCAAACGAGGGGAGGUCACCACGAACACGCUCACCAUCGCCGCUCUGACCCGGGCUGACCUGUAUCGGGUCCUCACUUGCCAGGCUUCAAACUCUAACCUUUCUACACCCGUGGCGGCGACUGUGACCCUUGACAUGAGCUUUCCCCCUCUGGACGUCCGAAUCCUAGGCGCCAUGGAGAGUCUGAGCGAAGGCGAGCGCUACGAGAUCGUGUGCGAGUCUUCGGGGUCGAGGCCGACGGCGACGAUCUCCUGGUGGAAGAAUGGCAUGCUCAUGACGGACACCAAGACCGAGUAUUUACAAGACUUGAUAGAGUUAUGCAGGCGUUCUCAAGGCCCAGCCACCCUUGCCCGGAGACGUGCCCGGAGCAAGCACAUAACACGAUUCAAACAGGAAUGCAGUAAUAUUCUUGGCAGCGCUGGAGGCAGUGAGGCCAACACGGCGGAAGAGGUGUUCCACGAGGGGAAUGUGAGCAGGUCGACCCUCUACCUGACGCCCUCCGUCGCCGACCACGACACCUACGUCUCCUGCAGGGCCAAGAACCCCCUGGUUCCUUCGGCGGUUCUCGAGGACUCGAAGAAGCUCAAUGUUCACUACACCCCCCGCCUCACCCUCGCUCCCGGCCAGAACUUGGACAUGGAGGAUAUUGAGGAGAGCGACGACGUAUAUUUCGAGUGUGGAAUCCAAGCGAAUCCAAGGGUGUAUAAAGUUCAGUGGUUUCAUAAUGGCGAAGAACUCUACCACAACGUGUCAGCUGGGAUCAUACAAAGCAACCAGAGCCUCGUGCUGCAGAAGGUCACCAGAAAGUCCUCGGGCCAGUACACGUGCUCGGCGACCAACCUGCACGGCACCGGGGGAUCCAACGCGCCGUGCAGCUCAGUGUGAAGUUCGCUCCCCUGUGCCGCGCUGGCCAGAAGGUCGUUUAUGGCGGAGGAAAGCAUGAGGAAAUCAACGUUACGUGCAGCGUGGAG